AGAGAGAGAGUGUGUGUGUUAUGCAACUAGUUAUGCAACUGUGACCUACUAACAUAUAUUUCGAGACAGGCAGCGAGGGAGGGACGAUACUGGAGCACCUCAACAACAUAGCACGAGGAACCAAAAUACGAGACACUGAAUCCAUGCCCGCAUACAAGCAGCAAGCACGGAGCUAGAACUGUGCGGGAAUCACUUUGAAUUUCUUAUCAAAUUGUGCAAGACCAAUAACGGCUAGAAUACAGGCGCAACCAACGGACGAGCUGUGGCGAUUAAUUUGGAUAGCUGCAGGAGCCUCAAUGCCUUUUAUCGCACAGCCAGCUGGAGGCUCAGAGAGAGGCUGCACCCUUCUCCCCAAGAGGCUGAUGAGCUGAGGCAGACUGAGUGACCUACAUCCUACAAUACGCCUGGAGCAUCAGGGGCACAUCUUUGACAGCUCGACACAGCCCUGGUGGGAAAGAAAAAUCUGAAAACAAACAAAGAGAAAGGGUCAGGGAGGCUCUGAGCUAAUUGUGUCACAUUCUCCAGAUUUCAAGAAUUUUUAGCCCCUUUCCCACCCUGCCUGACUUUGUCCUACUUGCUGUGUAUUGAAAUUUUUGGAGUGCUUAACCUUUGGAGUGUUGAAAUUAUUGGAGUGCUUAGCCCUCUCGAGUGACAGACCACUGCCCACAGUGAGGCCCUCAAACAUCAGUUAAAUGCAGGAAACUGUCACAGAAGCUCAGCUCUUCUUGAUCUUUUUAGCCAAUCUGGACACCUGAAACAACUAGAAUAUUAUCUUAUUGCAUUGCAGGAAUAUCAACAAAAUCAAUGAGGUUCACCCUACCUGAAGUUAAAAUACCUCAUAAGACAUUUGCUGAUCCAGCUACCUGGAAAGACAAGACUACUCAAAGGAGAGCAAUUUUACAGCCAAUUUGGAACCACCUUUCCCCCAACACCCCAUCCCUAAUAUUCCCACUAAUAUAUGGUUUUAGUGGUAGCAACUAGAUUCCAAGCUGGAUUCCUCUGAAAAACGAUGGAAAGCUUAAAUUCACAGAUCCCAGUAAAUUCUAGUGCUGGUAAAACCCUAGAGGACCUGGAAACCUUCUCAGACUACAGCAACACCCUUCCCUCACCCGAGGGCAACACUCGCCCAGUUCGGCUUUUAAAAUCCAAACCAAACAUGACCUGCCGCCGCAAGCGUGAGUUUAUCUCUGAUGAGAAGAAGGAUGCCUCCUACUGGGAGAAGCGACGCAAGAACAACGAGGCAGCUAAACGCUCCCGGGAAAAACGACGACUCAAUGACAUGGUCCUGGAGAACAGAGUUAUUGCACUGAAUGAUGAGAAUGUACGCCUAAAAACAGAACUCCUGCAGCUAAAACUCCGGUUUGGCCUCAUCAGUGCAGCCUCCUACAUGGAGAAGAGCCAGCAGAUUGGAGGAACAGUCAGUGGCACUACUGGAGGUUCUCCUUCUUCUUCUUCUUCUUCUUCUUCUAGUCAUUUCUACCCUAAUGGUUACUCCACUGGUUCACAUGUGGUAAUGAACUCCGAUUCUUCUGAGGCUGAACAGUCUGGCCUAGGGGAAGGACAUACCCAGUUGGUUAAGUACUCUCCUCGGGGUUCUCUCUCAGACAUGUCUGAUGGCUCUUCCAGUGACAGCCCAGAACCAAUGAUCUAUGACAUCAAACAGGAAGGAGCAGGGCUGGAGACAGAAAUUGCAAAUGGAACCACCACACAGAUCAUGUUCAACAUGCAUCGGGAGUUGCCCACACCACAUCAUCAACAUGCCUUUCAGUCAGGAUAUCACAACCACCAACAGCAGUGUCGGCACCAGGAGACCAUAGUCAGUGCUGUGGCACCUCCACUGCAGACUGCUCAGAGAAGUGUCAUUCUCUAUCGUUCCAGGAGUAUCUCAUAUCCUAUAGAGAGUUCAAGGUCUCAGGAAACAGCUCAACAGAACCUGCCACAAAACCUGCCUCAGUCUACAGAUCUGCAGUCUACUAGCACUGAAAGCCUAGCUGAAGUGACAAAACAGCUUGAGAGAAAGACCUUAGAUUCUCCACCUUAUGAGUAUGCAGAUGGAGAUGUGGCAGAGAGACAAGUGUAUAGGACCCAUCAUCAGCGGCCAACUCUUGAUGCUCAAAAGGCUGAUGCUAUGGUACCAGAUCUUCUCCACAGACAAGAGGAGGUUGAUGAGGCACAGCUGUUCAGUAUCUCCUUUCCCAGUGUACAGGAUGAUGAGCCUCCAGUGCUGACCUAUGAAGGAGGACCCAGAAAUGAAGGGUACUAUCAGGGUCACUCAGGAAAGGACACCUCCUCAAGUGAUGGUGAUCCCCGCAGCUCUGACAAAGAUGCCUCCACUGAUGAUGAGUGCCCAUCUUCAUCUUGUUCUGACACAGGCAGCUACCACCAGCAGUCACCUUUGGUUGGAGGGCCAAAUUCCUCCCCACAAAGCCAAAGCAGGGAGAGCCAGGCAGAGGUCAAAGGCACCGCACUACCACACAAACUACGCCUUAAGCACAGGGCGCUGAGUAAUGGUGGCACAGCAACUCAAGAAUUACCAAUGACACCACCUGCUUAUGUGCAGCCAUUACCUCAGCACCCAUACCUGGCCUUGCCCCAGUCCAGCCAGCAGCCUCAGGCUGGUAAAGAGAGAGAGGGCCAGCAAACCACAGAGUUCUGCAAGCACCCCAUCUCAACAGAGGAGAGACAGGACUGUGGGAAGAAAGAUCCUGGUGCAUGCAAUACCAGGAAUAAGAGGAAUAACUAAGAAUGAGGGACACUAUGGGACCCAUUGUGGGCAGUUCCCUCAGUGUGUGGGGCUACUCCAAUGCCUUGAGACUAUUUCACCUAUUCACCGGCAUUAUCCUUUACCUCUUCCCAACUCCUGUCUUUGUGCCCUGGGACCAGAGUUGUGAACAUGGCAAUGUCAGCCCCAAAAGCAGGGCAGAACCUUUUAGUGCACUGUAUUAUAUUGUUGAGACUUCUCUGCUUCUUCUCAUGUAAUUACAGAAGCACUUUUUUAAUGGGACAAACAAAAAAUUAACUCCACAUUUCUCCUGUGCUCAUUUUAUUAUAACACAAUGUCAGUGUAACACCAAACAUGGCAAUAUCAGUCAUUUGUGAGGUAUUAUAACUCGCUCACUAAUUGUAAAUAUACAACUUUAAAUGUUCCUAAUGGUUUGUGUCCAUAUUCACACCAAACCAGAGGGUGGCUGUUCACCACAAAACAUACCAAACAUCUGAAAAUUCUGGGAAUGUUCCCUUGACCAAAGAAAGACAAUGGCUUUAAAUUCUAUACCUCUACCCUAGUUACUUGCCAUCUUCCCUAUUUCUGUUUCCCCAAACAUAGUCACAACUAAACCACCACCACUUUCACUUGUCUAAGCACUUGCUUUGUAUAUUACUGUGAUAUAAAUAUUAAAUAUAAAGUAUAUUUUAAGAAGAAAAUAAAAACAUUGUUAAAAAAAUAAGACUGUAAAAGGGCAGACAGGACUCAUGGAUGGCUCACGGAUUUUUCAUCGUCACAUACUGUAUAGUACCAUGUUUACUGUUUAAGAUGCAACUUAAGAUAAUUGAUAUUUUGUUCAUUUUUUAUUGUUACUUUGAAAGUUCUCAAUAUUUUCAACAACUUGCCUUUUUUAAGAAAAUCAAAAUGCCCCAAAUCCUGUUACUUUGAAUGUCACAGACACAAUACAAAUCUUUUCAGUGCAAUUAUAGACAUUUUCCAGGUUCUAUAACUUGUUAAAGCUAAACUUCUCCCCGAGUGUGCAUGGCUUUUACUCCAUUCUUACCUCCAGCUCUUUUCUUAAGGUUUGUCUUAUGGCCCCAAUUAUAAAUUAUGUCUAUUAACAGAAAUGCAUUCACAUGCAAAAUUAUAGAAAGAUAUAUUAUAAAAAUCCAUUUAUUAUUAGGCCCAAUCUUAAAUCAUAAAAGUGGUUAUAUACCAAAAAUUCUAGCAAUGAUGGUAAAAAUGAAAAGAUAUUAAGAACUAUAGCAACAAUAACCCAUAUUAAAAAAACAAAAAAAAAAAAAAAACAAAACAAAACAUCCAGCUCUCCCAAGAUUUGGUUCAUGGGAGUGGUAUCCUACUCACCUGAUGAAGCUGGUGUUUGCGCGCCAUUACCCACAGCUCUUGAACCCUUCACUUAAGCCCUUCAACUAGCUGAUGCUGCAUUUUCACAGAAUAUGCAGCCUUCUUUGGCCAUAACCUUCUAACUUUCAAAAUGAGCAUCAUAGUGAAUAAACAAGAUAUAGUAUAAGUAAGGACAAUCUAAAAUAUUUGAAAGACAAAGACAAAAAAACCUGAUACUCUUUCUGGUGUGUCUCAUUUAGAGACAACUCCCCCCUUGUCUUUUGUCCGUCAUCUUCAUGUCAUGUCUGACAUAUGGCACUUAUGUAUAAAUGUAAAGUUUCUCUUACCCUGGACAACACUGUAUUUUGUGCUUUUUUCAAUUACGUCUGACCUUUGCGCAAAGUGUUGUCUUGUUUUCCUUUUCCCUUGUUCACUGUGGUAUGUAUUUGGCAGCCCCCUUUUCACCCUCUUCCCUUUUAACCGCUUCCCCCUUGUUCUUUAAAGUGUAUUAAAUCAGUGGUGUUUGUGUUUUUCUGAUGGUUUGGUGAAAAAAAGAUUGAAGCAAGACUUGUGUGUUCUUAUGGAUCAGUCAGUGGCACCAUCGCCACUAGUUCUGUUUUGAAAUGGAUAUGUGAUGUAAAAACACUAAUAUUCAUAAAAAGAGGAUGGGUGCAUUUCAAAAAUGAAAAAAUGGAAUGUCAAUAAAAAACACGUUGCUUUUCUGAA